GGGGCCAAUCAGAUCGCCCAAACGAGAACAUGGUGGCUCCUGAUACUUGACAUGGUUAAUGUUCGGUGAUACAUACGAUACGUACACAAUGUCCUGUUGUAUAAAAGGUUGUGGCAAUUAUUAUCGCAAAACAAAAUUGCUUAACGGAAACAGCAUAAAAUAUUUUUCGUUUCCGAAAGAUUUAACGAUUGCAUCUAAAUGGCUUGUUGCAUGUGGAAAUCAAAACGUUAAUAUUAAAAAAGGGCCACAUAGUUCAAGGGGGCUGGAUCUUAGGUUAUUUUCUUACAAUAUAUUAAAUGAUGGCAAAUAAUAAUAAUAAUAGCAAGAGUUCUUUUAUUACCGCACCUGGCUUCUGUCCCGAUUGCGGUUCAAUUUUACCUUUGCUCGGAGAAAGAGGAGGAGUUAAAUGUUACACAUGCAAAAGAGAAUGGGAUGCUGCAGUUUUUGGUGAUAUGGAAAUGACAUAUACACUCCAUUUUAAUACUAAGCAUACUUAUGCUUCAAUAGAGAAAAAUGAGGAUAGUAAUAAAAAUGUCGCAGAUGGACCAACAGUUGAACGAGAAUGUCCACAAUGUAAUAAUAAUAAAAUGUCCUAUGCAACAUUGCAAUUAAGAUCAGCUGAUGAAGGGCAAACUGUAUUUUUUACAUGUACCAAAUGCAAGUUCAAGAUAACAGAGAAUUCUUAAUAUAAACUUAAUAUAAAAACUAUAUUUUAUUUUAUAAGCACACACAUGUGCAUAACUGA